CCAGUGCCAUUUAUCUGCUUUUGUCCAAACCAAACCCUAAUUUCUUUGCUCGAAGUUUCCAUUUCAAUGCUUCUUUCUUUCUUUCCUAUUACAACCUCAAUUUUUUUCCCGGGUAGUUGAAAAGACCAAGUCUUUUUUCUGAUCAUUCUUAAAAGUCUGUGAAUUUAUCGAAUUCUCGGUGUUCUCACAUGCCUUCUGAUCCCUGUGUUCUUAUUUCGAAAUCGCUUCGAGUUUCGCUCAUCAUUUUCAAGAAAUUUUUGUGAUCCGGUUUCGAAAAUUCGCUCAAUGGGUUCGGGAGAUGAUCAUCAUGUUUUUGUUGUCGAUAUCAGUUCAGACGAGGAUGAGAUCAGUACAGGAGGAGUAGAUAAAGAGUACUUCAAUUGGCUUAACGGUGUUAUGGACUCCGUCGAUGAUACAUCGGACAGUACCGAUAUUGUCGAGAUUCUCUCUGAGGUGAAAGGUUGCGUUGAUUCUCAGUAUCGGAAGCCAAACUCGUCGAAUCAAGCUAAGGAUGAUGAUGACGAUUGUGUGAUUUUGGAUUGUGAUCCCGACAAGUCGACCAAGGCUGCUUCUGUUGAUGAUAAAUUGGCCAAGAAUGAUGAUGAUGAUGAUGAUGAUGAUGAUGACGAUGAUGAUGUGCUUGUAGUUGGUCAAAAGGGUGAGAUAGCAUGUAGAGAUUUCCCUCAUCCUCGACAUUCUUGUGCUAAGUACGCGUUCAACUCAACAUCACAUGAGAAGUACUGCGACAUGUGUCACUGUUAUGUGUGCGACAUCCGUGCUCCAUGUCCAUACUGGUCUAUCGGUGUCUCCACCAUUGAGCAUUGUCAUGCUAAUGAUAAAGAGAAGAUAUGGAAGAAUCAACGAGAAUACUUCAGGACGGGAUGCAUGCCUACCUCACCAUCUACAAAACCUACUCCAAGUAUCUUACGGGUAUCCCAAAACGCUUCACUUCGGAACCAGGUUGUGAUCCGGCCUUGCUCAUCAUCUACCAAUGUUUUUGAUCCCUUAAACGUCAAAGCCAGGCAUAGAAUCAGGCAACCAAAUCCACACAAUCAUGGGUUGCAGGAUCGGCCAGCUCAGUCACUGACCAAUGUUCGCAACAACGUGAUCCAAAAGGAUAGAAGUUCUUAUAGGUUCAGCCUACGAUCCCGAGUAGCCUCUUCUGUGGGAAAUAUUAACAGCAUCCGAUGUAGCAAUGCUCAAGUUUCACAAUCCAGCCACCAUAGCCCUUCCGUAGUGGCACCCACAAUAAGCACGGAAAUGUACACUCAACAACACAAGUAUCAGCCCAGUGUUAGUGAUCAAUGCACAGCGCUACCGGGUUCUCAGAGCAAUAUGUACAGUAGACAUUCAGACCAGAACAUACAUGGUAGUGAGUAUCAGACAAAUGUGGAUCUGUGUGCUCCGUCUGAGGCUCCUCUUACUACUAAUGCAGAUUCGCAAACAACGAGGGUACAGGAGAAACAAGGGAUUAAUGAAAACGUCUUGGAGACCAAACUAUCGGAAUUUGAGAGCUGGCUAAUGGACAAUUCUAACCAGCCCGGGCCGGUUAGUCCUUUGCCAGAACCGGUAAGUCAAGACUAUGUUGAUACGUUGUCAUUUGAUUUUGAAACCUUCUUGAAUGAUUGAAACAUAAUUGUAGUCUGUAUCUUCUUCAUCCGUAGGUUAACAUUCUUCACUGAUAAAUUGAGUGAGUAGAUGCUUCAUCUUAUAAUAACUACGUUUGUGUGUAUCAUUAACUAGCUGCCUACUACUACUAGUACGUCAGAAAAUUUCAGUUAAAAAGUACCUUUUUUGUCAAUUGUGA